UCAAGCUACUGUCAUUAGUUACAGUUUUUGUUUUAGUGUUUAUAGUAUCACCAAAGUUAUGCGUUGUAAAUUGGGUGACGGGCAAGAUUUACCUGCAAUAGUUUUCUUCAAUCACUCUGGGUAAUUUAGUUUAACUCAAGAGAAAGUGAUGCCCCUCUCUGAUGUUCUGGCCUUGUUGCCAAGGUUAGAUGCAGCAGGAAAGGAAAGACGCUUUCACGGAUUGAAUCUUCAAAGUGGUUUUGAUCAAUUCAUUAAGCUUUCAACAUUUAAUGAUGCUCGUUAUGGAUUCGUUCUGGAAGACACUUGUGUGCUUGGAGCUGAAGUAUUUGUCUGUGGAGAAAGAAGCAGAGGCAAAGGAGAGGUCUUAUCAAUGACAAAGGAUCCUACUGCUUCCAAGUACGCUUGGAAGAUCGUAAUGUUUUCGGAGUUGGAUGAAAAACGCCAAGAAUCACAAAUAUUCAGCACGGGAGAUCAUCAAUGGAAGAUGGUGCUCUAUCCUAAGGGAAAAGGUCUUGGAAUGGGCACCCAUCUCUCUCUGUACUUGGCUCUGGAUUUGGCAACCCUCCCUGCUGGUUGCAGAGUAUAUGCGGAUUACACCUUGCGCCUUGUGGAUCAAGUCUAUAGCAGAAAUUACGACUACUAUCGUAAAGCUAAAAGCUGGUUUGGUGCCUCAAGCUCAGAAAAUGGAUGGCAAUAUUUAUUCCCGAGUUUUUAUCAGUCUCGCGAUUACCUUUUUGCCAAGGACAUUUGCAUAAUUGAAGCAGAGGUCAUAGUAAUUGGAAUUGGUUCUCCCUUUUAGUUAUGAUUUUUUUUUUCAAUCAGAAAUAUAAUGGAUAUCAUGUAAAGAAUUUCAUCGACUUUACUAAUGGGAAGGGACACAUGCUCUUGUUUGUU